AUGGGGUGCGGCGCGUCCAAGGACGGGGCGGUCGAGGCGGUGAAGCCGACGGAGAUCCAGAAGGGGCCGAGCGCCGUCGCUCCGGAGGGCUCGGAGGGGUGGAAGUCCAAGCCUGCGCCGGAGUGGUCGCUCGAUGAAGUCCAGGGCUGGAUGGCCUGGGCCGACUUCUCGGCCGCGGAUGCCGCUGCCGUCGCCGCGGCCAAGGUGGACGGCGCGGCCCUCAAGGACAUCGUCGGACAGGACGGCGGGCACCUCAAGGCGGGCAUCGCGGACCCGGUGUCGUCGUCGGUGUUCGCGGUGUGCGCGAAGGUGGCGUGCGCGUACUCCCCCGACGAGGAGGACAAGAAGCGCGCGUCGGAGCUGUUCAGCGCCGCGGUGGAGCUGGACGACGCGGGCAAGCGCACGGAGGCGAUGCUGGUGUACGAGAAGGUGCUCGCGGUGCAGGAGAGGUGUCUGGGCGCGGGCGACGUGGAGAUGGCCUUCACGCUGAACAACAUGGCGGCGCUGUACGAGCUGGAGGGCGAGGACCAGAAGGCGCUCGACCACUACCGGCGCGCGCUGCCGAUCCAGGAGAAGGCGCAGGGGCCGGAGCACGCGGACGUGGCGGUGGUGCUGAACAACAUGGCGGCGCUGCUCGAGCGGCUGGGGAAGCAGGGGGAGGCGCUGGAGCUGAACCGGCGGGCGCUGGCGAUCGACGAGAAGGCGCUCGGGGGCGACCACCCGAAGCUGGCGGUGACGCUGAACAACAUGGCGGCGACGCUGGACGACAUGGGCAAGCAGGACGAGGCGCUCGAGCUGUACACGCGCGCGCUGGGCAUCGAGAAGGCGCACCACGGGGAGGGGCACGCGGACGUCGCGGCGACGCUGAACAACAUGGCGCGCGUGCUGUACCGGCAGCAGAAGCCCGACGAGGCCCUCGAGACGUACCGCGGCGCGCUCGCGAUCCUCGAGAAGACGCUGGGCGACGACCACCCCGACGUGGCGAGCACGGCGCACAACAUCGCGCGCGUGCUGGCGCGGCAGGACGGGCGGCAGGAGGAGGCGCUGGAGGCGUACAAGCGCGUGCUCGCGCUGCAGGAGAGCACGCUGGGCGAGUGGAACGUCAAGGUCGCCGGCGUGCUCACCAAGAUGGGCGCGCUCUACAAGGCCACGGGCAACGCCGAGGAGGCCGUCGGCGCCUACCAGCGCGCCCUCGCGAUCGAGGAGAAGGCCGGGGACGCCAAGGCCGCCGCCACGCGCGCCGAACUCGAGAAACUCAAGGCCGAGGCAGCCGCGCCGCCCGAGCAGGAGGCUCCUGCCGCGGAGGAGGAGGCGCCAGCGCCGGCGGACGAGGCGUCCGCCGCUGAGGAGGCCCCAGCGCCGGCGGAGGAGGCCCCAGCGCCGGCGGAGGAGGCGCCCGCUGCUGAGGAGGCGGCCCCUGCGGAGGAGGCGGCCCCUGCGGAGGAGGCGGCCCCUGCGGAGGAGGCGGCCCCUGCGGAGGAGGCAGCGCCUGCGGAGGAGGCGGCCCCUGCGGAGGAGGCAGCGCCUGCGGAGGAGGCGCCGACGGACGACGCGGCGCCCCCGGCCGAGGGCGAGGCGCCGGCCGACGGGGAGGCGAAGGAGGAGGCGCCUGCGGAGUAG